AUGCCUCUGAAGGCUGCGCUUCUCCUCGCCCUCCUGGCCACCUUACCGGUGUCGCCGGCCGAGCUGGCAAGGAGCGGCUUCUUGGAGUACCUCAGCCAGCUGACGAGCGACAAGGACAGCCCGGAGCACGGCCAGAGCAGCAAGCUGGGCAGGGACAUCGCAAACCUGAAGGGGAGUAUUCAGGAUGGGGUCAGCUACAUGGGAAACUUCCUGGAGAAGCUGGCGCCCCUCAACAGAGGCCUCCAGCCCCGGCUCUACCACGACUCGGACAGCCUGCGGAAGCUCAUCAGGAAAGAGCUGGAGAGCCUGAGGGUGAAACUGUCCCCGUACGUGGACGAGGUCCACCACAAGGUCGGCAAGCAUCUGGAAGAUCUUCGCUACCGGCUGCAGCCCUUCACGGAGGAGCUCCUGGACCAGGUGUCCCUGAAAGCCCGGGAGCUCCGGCGGCACCUUAUGCCCAGCCGGGAGGCGACGGCUCAGCUCCUGGAGGGCGCGGACGAGGUCCAGAGGUUCAUGGCUCAGUACGCCGACAAGAUCGCGUUCCACACCGGCCAGGUGAAGGACAUUUUCCGCCCCUACGCGGACAGGCUGGUGACCGAGAUCCACCGCAACGUGGAGGAGCUGCACAGAAACGUCGUCCCUCACGCCCAGGCCAGCCCGGAGCAGCUCGACCGGCACAUCCAGGAGCUCUCCGCGAAGCUGACCCAGAACGCGAGGGACCUCCACCAGAAGAUCCAGGGGAACCUGGAGCAGCUCCAGGCGAAGCUGAGCCUCUACCCCGGCAGAGCGGCGGCCCCCACGGACGGCUACGCGGAGGAGCUGGCCCGGGAGGUGCAGCGGCGGGUGGAGGAGUUCCGGAGGGACACGUACCUCCAGAUCCAGGACUUCACCCGCGCCCUCGACCAGGAGACGGAGGAGAUGAGGCUGAAGCUCUCCUCCCGGCCCUCCCACCCGGGGGACCCGCAGGACGGCCCGCCCCCCGUGGAGGACCUGCACGCCCGCCUCGACGCCCUCUGGAGAGACCUGGCCCGCAGCCUGAGCUCCUCGCUGCCGCAGGGGGUGACGCGGCUCCUGCUCACCAGGAUCCCCUUCUUCAAAGAGAUCAUCGUCAGCUCCUUCGCCUGCGACAGCUGCUCCUGGUCCAACACGGAGAUCCAGUCCGCGGGCAGGAUCCAGGAGCAGGGCGUGCGCUACACCCUGGCUGUCACCUCCCGUCAGGACAUGAACAGGGAGGUGGUGAAGACCGACUGUGCCACGGCUCGAAUUCCGGAGCUGGACUUUGAGAUCCCCGCUUUCACCCAGAAGGGAGUCCUUACCACCAUUGAAGGGAUAAUUGACCGAGCUGUCGCAGGCCUGGAGCAGGACCAGCCCGUCCGCAGGGCGACAGACGAAGAGGUGGCAAGUAAAAUAGAUGAGUUCAUUGGUAAACUAAAGCAGCUGAAGGAAGUACGCUCCUCCUUCACCUUUAUCAUAGACGAUCCUUCAGGGAACAGCUUUGUGGAGAACCCUCACGCGCCGCGGAAGGAUGACGCUCUUGCGGUCACUCACUACAGGAGGACUCCCCAGCAGGCUGCCUUGCUGGGACUGGAGGGAGAGGAGUUGGAUGAGAAGCCAGCUGGUCCCGCGGAGGAUCUGAGGAAUGAGGUACUGCAGUUCAACACCAACUGCCCCGAGUGCAAUGCUCCAGCUAACACAAAUAUGAAGUUAGUGCAAAUCCCACACUUCAAGGAAGUGAUUAUCAUGGCCACAAACUGCGACUCCUGCGGGCACCGGACAAAUGAGGUGAAGUCCGGAGGAGCGAUCGAACCGCAAGGCACCAGGAUUACCCUUCGGAUUACGGACCCUUCCGACAUGACGAGGGAUAUCCUAAAGUCGGAGACGUGCAGCGUGGAGAUCCCAGAGCUGGAGUUCGAGCUGGGGAUGGGAGUGCUGGGGGGGAAGUUCACCACGCUGGAAGGGCUGCUGAAGGACAUCGGAGACCUGGUUGAGAGAAACCCCUUCACUCUGGGGGACAGCUCUAGGCCCAGCAAAACGGAAAAGCUGCGAGAGUUCGUCGGGAAACUGCAUGAGAUCGUAGAGGGAAAGACAAAGGCUCACUUCAUCAUGGAUGACCCUGCAGGCAACAGCUAUCUUCAGAACGUGUACGCCCCCGAAGAGGGCCCGGAGCUGAAAGUGGAGCGCUACGAGCGUACGUUUGAGCAGAACGAAGACCUGGGCCUGAACGACAUGAAGACGGAGGGCUACGAGCCGGAGGGAGCCUCGGGCCGGUAG